AUGCCGCCGAUACGAAAUCAACUCCAGAUAGACCGUGGCUUCCUGGUCUCCUGCCGACGCUGCCGUCUUGCGCUCGUGACGGCGCUCGCGGCCACCCACGACAGCGACGCCGACUGCUCCUUCCGCUGCCAACGACGCACCGCCGCCACCCGCCCGCCCCAGUUCCUGCCGCCGCCGCCGCCCGCAGGCCACAGGUUGGCGCUCAGUGUUAAUGUAUCAAGUGAUGGGGAUAGUGUUGCUGAAGUGAAUCAGAUCUGUGAUGAUAAAUAUCCUCUCUGGAAGCAUGUUAAUAAGGUCGAGAAAAAUGGUCCUGAUGGAGGAAAUGCUGUGACAGUACCAAUUCUUGAGCAACUUCGCAAGGAAGUGGUUGAUGCUGAAGCAGCCAUCUCCAACAGCAAACCAAAGAGUUUUCCCCUGCCAGUACACAUAGGGAGUACAGGAUUACCCCCUUCUGGAGGUACAAGUGCCCAGUCAAAGAAAAAAAAGAGGCAAUCAGGCAUUGAUGAAAGCUUUUUUCGUGAACGCCGCCAAAUUGCUGAUGCUCUUGUUGGAAGAAUGUUCUAUACAGGAGGUGUCUCAUUCUAUUUAUCAAGAAAUCCAAAUUUUCGAGCUUUACUAACAUAUCUUGCAAACACUGAUUUGGGUGGAUAUGUACCUCCUAGUUACAAUAAGUUGAGGACUGCUCUUCUCCAACAAGAGAGAUUAAAUGUUGAGAGGCUAUUGGAACCAUGCAAGAGUACAUGGCCCACAAAAGGGAUUACAAUUACAGCUGAUGGGUGGACUGAUCCUCAGCGGCGCCCACUCAUCAACUCUAUAGCUGUAAAUGAAGAUGGCCCUAUGUUUUUGGGAGCUGUUAACACUGAAGGAGAGAUUAAGAGAUCCCAAUACAUUGCUGACAAGUUGAUCUCUGUGAUUGAAAAUGUUGGACCAAAGAAUGUGGUCCAAGUGAUUACAGACAAUGCAGCGAACUGCAAGGGUGCUGGGCUCAUGUGGAUUAAGGAUACUGUGGAGUCUGCGUUCUUGAUCAAGAACUACAUCAUGAACCAUGGUAUGCGCCUAUCAAUGUUUAAUGAGUACAGUAAACUCAAAUUUCUUGCUGUUGCUGAUACAAGAUUUGCGUCACAUGUUAUUAUGUUGAAGAGGUUUCUUGUUCUCAAAGAGUCUCUUGUGUUAAUGGUUGUUGGUGACAAGUGGUCAACAUAUAGGGAAGAUGAUGUAGAGAAAGCAAGAUCUGUAAAAGAAAAGUUGCUUGAUGACUUUUGGUGGGACAAUGUUAAAUACAUUGUUGAAUUCACUGAGCCUAUUUAUUCAAUGCUAAGGGUAGCAGACACAGAUAAGGCAUGCCUCCAUCUGAUUUAUGAGAUGUGGGAUAGCAUGAUUGAGAAAGUGAAAGACCGUGUUGAGGUCUUGGAAAUGAGGAACAAGUGCUUUAGAAAAAUGUUUCCCAAUCCAAAGGAUCUUAGGACAAUCAAACGACAAUUUGCUGAUUUUUCUCUAUUUGGAGCUGGCUUUGCGGAUCGUGAGUCAAUUGAAGAUCGAGCUCUUUUUGAACCAAAACAAUGGUGGGGCCUCCAUGGUCAAAGGACCCCAGAAUUGAAAGCAUUAGCACUGAAGUUACUUGGGCAGCCGGCAUCUUCUUCUUCAUGUGAAAGGAACUGGAGUACCUAUGGAUUUAUUGAUAGUGCACUCAGGAAUAGGCUUACUCCUCCAUGUGCUGAGGAUUUAGUGUUUGUCCAUAGCAACAUGCGUCUACUGUCAAGGAAGUUUGAAGAUUAUAAGAAGGGGCCAACUCAGAUGUGGGAUGUUGGGGCAGAUAAUCAUGAGACCUUUACUGGUGCUGGCAUUCUUGAACAUGCUGAUCUCUCACUCGAUGAGCCAGAAUUUGAAGGGAUGAUGUUUGAAGAUGAAGAAGGCGGAUCUGCCACUGAGCCUUAA